AUGCCGCUUACCGAGGACCAGCGAUUCACCAUACAACUUGCAAAGAAGUAUGCACUGGAACAGAGCAUUCAGAAUGCUUUGAGAAAACAAGCUGCACAAUUUCAGCAACAAGACCUAAAUACAAUCAAACGCAAUCACGCACUGAUCCUACUAAGUCGAAUUUACGUGGGUUCCAUUAGCUUUGAGAUAGGAGAUGAAGAUUUGAAGCGAACGUUUUCACCGUUUGGACCAAUCAAGACAGUCGCACUAAGUUGGGAUUCAGUUCUCCGAAAGCACAAAGGAUUCGCCUUUGUGGAGUUCGAAGUCCCAGAAGCGGCAUCCUUGGCACUGGAACAAAUGAACGGAUACACAUUGGCCGGAAGGAACCUAAAGGUCGGAAGACCAAGUAAUGCACCCCAAACUGGUCCGCUAGAGACCGAGCUCAGGGCAGAUGAGAAAACGCGAAGUCGUGUUUACGUAGCAUCUAUACACCCCGAGUUGACCGACUCUGACGUCAAAACGGUGUUCGAGGCGUUUGGAAAGGUUGACAGUUGCACCCUUUAUCCAGACCCCAAAUUUCCCGGACGUCAUCGUGGAUUUGGCUACAUUGAUUUCGAGGCUGAAGAAUCUGCGAUUGCAGCAGUUUCCAGCAUGAAUUGUUUCGAUCUUGCCGGUCAACAACUCCGUGUUUGUCGGGCUAUCACACCACGCGAUGUGACAUUACCGCUGGAAGCAAACGUGACUGCGAAACCGAAUUCCGGUCUAAGCAGUUCAGCACCCGCAACUGCGGUUGCACUGGCUGCGGCAACGAUAUCGGCCAAAGUAAUGUCUAUGGAUGCCCAGGAAGCUGGUGCCACAGAAAACGCAACAGAGGCCUUGCGACCCAAUCCAACCAGUGGCUUCUCCGGGUCAACCACGGAAGCUCCCAAUCUACCACCGCCCGGGGUGUUCAUUCCAUCUACGCUUGGCGAUUCGAAUGAGGAUCAGGCGAACAAUGAAGAACCAAAAAUGGAUGUCGCACCCGUGAAUGAAGCGUCUCAGCUCACAGCGUCCGUGUGGGAUGAUGAUGAGGACUCGUCGCUUCCAAUACAACCCAUGACUGCGUCUGAGUUUCAUGUAGAUCAACCGGAGAAUGUCGUCACAGAAGAGGAUACGGUUCAGUCAGGAUUCUUUUUCACGACCCCGUUAUCAAGAGUCAUGCUGCUGGAAAACAUGAUGAAUGCAGAUGAGGUUGACGAGGUAGUGGAAGAAGAGGUGAAAGAAGAAUGCGCCCAAUACGGUCACGUGCUCCGAGUGGUGAUUCACAUCAAGGACUCCGAUGUUCGUAUUUUUGUCCAGUUUGAUCGAUCUGACGCAGCACAAGCGGCUUGCGAUGCACUGAAUCAGCGGUUCUACGCCGGACGCGUGGUUCGAGCUCGACUAUACGAUGAAGAGCAGUUUCAGCUUCGUGAACUCGAAAGCUAA